AUGGAUUAUUCUACUAGCAACACUAAUGGGAAGAUUUGGCUAAUUUGGACAAAUGACAUUUCCUAUAAGGUCUUAGAGGCAGAUGAGCAGCAAGUUACUUGUGAACUCAGCCAUUUGGAAGCUUUGGAUACCUAUAUUAACACUUUUGUCUAUGCCAAGUGUAAAAACUAUCUCAGAAGACCUUUAUGGGAAAGGAUGUUACACUUUGCUGAUACUAAGAACAACAUCCCUUGGUGCACAGUUGGAUAUUUCAAUGUAAUUACAGAUUUAGAUGAAAAGCUUGGCGAAAUCCCUUACAAUAUGAGAAAAAGCUUGGAAUUCAUUGGAGUGAUUGAAGCUUGUGGACUCAUGGAAUUGGGGUUCAAUGGACCAAAAUUUAGUUGGUCUAACCAAAGGGGCAUCAAUUUUAGAAUUUGGAAAAGGUUGGAUAGGGCCAUGGUUAAUGAUAAGUGGUUGCAACACAUGCCUCACACUAGCAUCACCCAUCUUCCCUCUGUAGGCUCAGAUCAUUGUCCUCUUCUUAUGGAGAUGAAUGCCAGACCUGAAAACUAUAUCAAAUACUUCAAAUUCCUUAAUUUUGGGGCAGAUCAACCCUCAUUUUUAACUACUGUAACAGACUGCUGGAACAUGCAAACAGAAGAGAACCCGAUGUGGAUUUUCCAUCAGAAGAUGAAAAGGGUGACCUCUACUCUUAGUACUUGGUCUAAAAUGCAGUUUGGUGAUAUAUAUGCUAUAGUCACAGACUAUGAGGAGAGAGUUAAAGUUGCAGAAGAGAAGCUUAUUCAUGACAACACAGAGGAAAACAGAACUGCACUCCAUGGGAUUAAUGCAGUGUAUAUCAGAUUCAUCAAGGUUGGAGAUUCUAUUCUCAGACAAAAAUCACAACUUCAAUGGUUCAAAGAAGGAGAUGGAGAGGAUAAGCUCACCGAUGAAGUUCCUAUGAAUUGCAUUCCAAUGAUGGUUAUUCCAGAAAAUAAUGACAGGUUAAAGACCAUACCAACUAUUCAUGGCCUGAAAAAAGUAGUCUUCUCCAUGAAUCCAAACUCUGCUGCAGGACCUGAUGGGAUGAAUGGUUAUUUCUUUCAGAAAUGCUGGAGCAUAAUUAAGAAUGAUCUUUUGGCAGUCAUUCAGGCUUUCUUUAGUGGCCAAAUGCUACCAAAAUAUUUGUCUCAUGCUUGCCUUAUUCUACUCCCUAAAGUGAAAAACCCCAAUAAACUUUCUGAGUUUAGGCCCAUAAGUUUGAGCAAUAUCACUAACAAGAUUGUUUCUAAACUAUUAUGUCUCAGACUUGGCCCUAUUCUACCUAGUUUGAUUUCACCCAAUCAAUCAGGUUUCGUCAAGGGAAGAAGCAUUUCUGAAAACAUCAUGUUGGCUCAGGAGAUUAUUCACCAGAUAAAAAAACCUACCAUUGGUAGUAAUGUGGUUAUCAAGCUAGACAUGGCCAAAGAGUAUGAUAGAGUAUCUUGGUCCUAUAUUUGCCUAAUACUUAGGAAGAUGGGGUUUGAAGAAACUUUUAUUGAUAUGACGUGGAGGAUUAUGGCUAACAAUUGGUAUUCCAUCAUAAUAAAUGGCAAGAGGUGUGGUUUUUUUUGCUCUACAAGAGGCCUUAAGCAAGGAGACCCCUUAUCCCCAGCCCUAUUUAUUUUAGGUGUUGAGGUUCUCUCCAGAUCCCUGAACAAACUUCAUCAUAACCCCCUUUAUCAUGGCUUUCAUAUUGAAAGCAUGGGCCCUCAGAUCAACCAUUUUAGUUUUGCAGAUGAUAUCAUUAUUUUCACUUCUGGAAGGAAGAGAUCUCUCAAGCUUAUAAUGAUUACUUUGGCUAACUAUGAGAGAAUUUCUAACCAACUUAUCAAUAAAGCCAAAAGUCAUUUUUUACUUCCUUCCAAUGCUUUCAACAGUACUUCUGACAGAAUUAAAAGAUGUACAGGUUUCCAUAAAAAAGAAGCCCCUAUCACUUACCUUGGCUGCCCCUUAUUUAUUGGUCGACCAAGAAUUAUCUACUUCUCAGAAAUCAUGAACAAGGUAGUGAACAUAAUCGCAGGGUGGCAGUCUAAGAUGUUGAGCUGUGGAGGCAAAGCAACAUUAAUCAAAGAUGUUCUACAAUCACUUCCAAUUCCUCUACUGUCAGCUAUUUCCCCAUCUUCAACUACCAUUAAAGAAAUCCAAGCAUUCUGGCAACUCAGUUCCAGCUGCAACCAGGCAUCCCUAAUCAACCUGCUUGGAGCGUCAAUACCAGUGGUGAAUUCCCGUGCACUUCUGCAUGGAAUGUCAUUAGGGUGCAAAGAUCAAAAACCAAAUUCAACACUUAUAAUUGGCAUAAAAGCAUUCCUUUCAAAUGUGCUUUUCUUUUAUGGAGAGUUGUUUGAGGCAAGCUUCCAACAAACGAAAGUCUGGCCAGAUUUGGGGUGGAACCUAGUGAGUGCUACUGCUACCAUACACCAGGUUUGGAUACCAUCGAACACACCUUCAAUUCUGGAAUUUUUGCCAACAAGGUGUGCUAAGAAGUAUGGAGGUAAGCAAUCCAACAUUGCUAGGGUCAAAUUUGUUGUGUUUAAGGACACUAUUAAACUGUUGCAUGUAGUAUUUCCUUAUAUUUCUUGGCCAUCUAACUGGAAGAAUCUUUGUAUCCUUAUUGAUCAAUGCUAUCACGACACCAAAGUUACUCUAGUGCAGUGGAUUAAACCUCCUGACGCAUGGGUUAAACUCAACACGGAUGGAAGUGCUUUAGGCAAUCCGGGGAAAAUAGGGGCAGGGGGUAUUCUCAGAGAUUCAAAUGGGAAAUUACUUUUUGCAUACUCAGCUCCUUUAGGGGAAGGCACCAACAACCAAGCGGAAAUGGAGGCUGCUACCUUUGGUAUAUCAUGGUGUGUUCAUCUAAACUACCACAAAGUCAUUUUGGAGGUUGAUUCUCAGCUGUUGGUGGAUUGGUUACUUGCCAAAUCAGCCCCCUCAUAG